CAAGCAUCCUCCUUUUUCACCUUUUCCUUUUUCUUAUGUUCUAAAGGCAAGGCCAGCAAUUUUACCAAACCAUAAAUAUGGUAUUAGAAGAUCAGCAGCAUCAAUAUCUAAGCAAGUCAUGGAUGAGUCUGGAGAAAAAGGAGAAACACCAAAUAAAAGGCUUGACACCACAGAAAUCUACCAAAAAGCAUUGGACGACCUUGUCAAUGUGAACUCUCUCUUCACAAUAGCUGUGUUUGUGGGCUUAUCCCUAGCACACCCUGGCGAGCGCAGCCUCGAAGACCGCACCGAGUGUGACGCGGACCCAGACGUAGCCAAACGUCUUGUCGUGUUCGAAGUCAUAUCAUUUGCAUUCUUCCUCUUGUCCAGCCUUGUAGCCAAGACCCUAAAGGUCCAUCUCAACGUAUACCGCCAAAAAAACCCCAGGACAAUUAAACUCAAGAUUAUUAGAGGCAGCAUGUUGUUACUGUCAGCAUGGGGAUCGAUCUUUGGGUGUGUAUUCUUGACGAUGUCAAUGGUAGAUGUGAUACAAAUAAAGGUAGGGAAACUGUCAUGUGGGAGUGUUUACGCUUUUCGUGCUGCAGGAUCGCUUAUUGCUAUAGUUCUACUGGCAUUAGGCAUUUACGUGCCCUUUAUGAUGCAUGCUAUAUAUUUCUCCAUGACACAUAGGGAGUGAUGCAUGCAUGCAUAACUAAGAGAAAAUUUGGGCUGUACAACUAUAAUAGAAUUAGAAUUGAAUCCAAACUAUUUUUCUUAA